CAGGGAAAAAUGCAAUUUCCAUUGUGAACUGCCUUCCAGAAUUUAUGGUAGAACUUCGCUGACGUUGCUACUGAUGCCAAUGUGGAAUAAAGUAUCUGGAGUCCAUCUUUCAUCAGCGUCUCCUGAGAUUGUACUGGACCAUGACCACUCUUCUCCUUCAGUUGGCUGCCUCUCUUCCGAUGCCAUCAUUUCAUCUCCAGAGAAUAUCCAUACAGAUAACAGCAUUGUGAGUCACAAUGUUCCUAAAGCACAGAUUCAGCAAUCAACACACACUCAUCUGGAUAUCUCACUUUUUCCAUUGAAUUUAACUGAUGAAAAAAAUAAUGGAACAAUUGCCCUUGUGGAUGAUUCUGAGGAUCCUGGAGCCAAUGUAUCAAACAUAGAGCUUCAGCAAAAAAUUUCAAGUCUAGAGAUUAAGCUCAAAGUAUCUGAAGAAGAAAAACAGAGAAUUAAAAAGGAUGUAGAAUCAUUAAUGGAAAAACAUAGUGUCUUAGAAAAAGGCUUUCUAAAAGAAAAAGAGCAAGAGGCCAUUUCUUUUCAAGAUAGAUACAAAGAACUUCAGGAAAAACAUAAACAAGAAUUGGAAGACAUGAGGAAAGCUGGUCAUGAAGCCCUCAGCAUUAUUGUGGAUGAAUAUAAGGCACUACUACAAUCUUCAGUUAAGCAACAAGUCGAAGCUAUUGAAAAACAGUACAUUUCUGCAAUUGAGAAACAAGCACACAAAUGUGAGGAGCUGCUAAAUGCUCAGCAUCAGAGGCUUCUUGAAAUGCUAGAUACAGAGAAGGAAUUGUUAAGAGAAAAAAUAAAGGAAGCUUUGACUCAGCAAUCUCAAGAACAGAAGGAAAUAUUGGAAAAAUGUUUAGAGGAAGAAAGGCAAAGAAAUAAAGAAGCUUUAGUAUCUGCUGCAAAGUUUGAGAAAGAAGCAAUGAAGGAUGUAGUUUUAAAAGCUAUAGAAGAAGAGAGAAAAAAUUUGGAAAAAGCCCAUGCUGAAGAAAGGGAAUUAUGGAAGACAGAACAUGCAAAAGAUCAAGAAAAAGUAUCUCAGGAAAUUCAAAAAGCUAUACAAGAACAAAGAAAAAUAAGCCAGGAAACUGUUAAGGCAGCAAUAAUAGAAGAACAGAAGCGAAGUGAAAAGGCUGUGGAAGAAGCAGUAAAAAGAGCAAGAGAUGAAUUGAUAGAAUACGUAAAAGAACAGAAAAGGCUUGAUCAAGUCAUCCGCCAAAGAAGCCUGUCCAGUUUGGAACUUUUCCUCUCCUGUGCUCAGAAACAGCUAAGUGCUUUAAUAGCUACGGAACCAGUUGACAUUGAAUAAAGAGAACAUGACAAGCUAACCCACACUGGCUUUGGAGAAAUCAUUAGACCUUUAAAAUGCGUGCUACAAAUUAUAAAUAUGCUUUUGUUUUAUUUCCAAAUCUUGUAGGAUUGAUUUCUAGUUCAAGGAUAAACCAAAACAACAUUUAUAAGAACCAUCAAGUGAUCAAAUUUCUUUUCUUUUCUUUUCUCCUUUACAUUUACUAUUAUUUUAUUAGCAGUGGUAGUAGCAGCAAUAGAGUAUAAUAUGACCCCAAAGCCAUUGAAAAGUGCAACAUUAUCAAAAUUAAGUAAACUUUAUAUCCUUUGGUGGCCUGUAAUACUUGGCAAAAGUAGUAAAUAUUGCUUCAUGAUGACUCUCGAUGAAAAGCUGGAAUGUAACCAUACAUUUAUUUGAUUUUUGAGGACAGAAAUAGCAUGGUUUUCAGCAUCUCCUGUGUAUCUAACAUAACUUGGAUAUAAGACGCUGGUAAUGGUAUAGAAUCAUUCUGGUAUUACCAAACGUUUUUUCUGCAGUUGGAUCUAUGUACUCUCAUUGGUCUACUGGAAACAAACAAUACAAUUAAAAAACUGAAGAGUGUUCUAUUAAUUCAACUUUCCUCUCACUUACCACUUAAAACUAAAGGACUGUAUGAUAAUAUGCUUAUUUCCUAUUUCUGCUCAUCAAAGGCACAACAAAUCAAUAGUCAUUUUUCUUAUGAAUCAAAUCAUGAGCUUAAUCUCUAGAAAGAGAAUCUUAACUCAGACAUUUAUUGGAAUUCAGGUUCAAAUAGGAUUUAUGAACUCUUUUCCAAGUAUUUCAAGAUGUACUUUAAUUCAUGAGCAGCGUGCUUAAAUGCACUAAAAUGUCAUGAAAAUGUAUGUGUGAAAAUGUUUUGUCUUAUUUUCAGAAAUGCAUCUACUUUCAUGGGCUUUGAAUUUUUCUGAGAUUUCUCAGUGUAAUAAAAAACUCUCAAAACUUA